AUGUCUUCCUCAUCAAGUGAUGAAGUUGAUGAAGCUUUAGAAGAAAUGGUCGACCAAGUAGUUGAUAAUUUCAUCGACUCAGUGAUUCAUCCUCACCCCAACAAGCCGAGGAGACGAGCUUAUAUCGAAAGAGAUCGGGAACAAGGACACAAUCAACUAUGGAACGAUUAUUUCAAGGAAAAUCCUACAUACCCACCGGAAAUGUUUAGGAGGCGUUUUCGAAUGAACAAGCCAUUGUUCCUUCGCAUUGUCGAACAUAUAAGUAAUGAAGUUCCAUACUUUCAGCAAAUACGAAAUGCUUGCGGAAGGAACGGGCUAUCUGCACUUCAAAAAUGUACGGCAGCUAUACGUAUGCUCGCAUAUGGUCAAUCGAGAGAUACAUAUGACGAAUAUCUCUGA